AUGUACGCACCCGUGAGUGAGACCGAACCAAUGCUUAUGAGCUCAAGUGGUGGUAAGGGUCCGCUUCCGCCUUCGUCCCGCGCCAUCUCGAGUUUGAGGCCUGAGUCGUCGACAAUUAAAUGCAACGAUGCAUUUUUUGCUGUUAUGUUUCUAGCUAACGUCAUCAUCCUAAGUAUUUUAGCUUUUUUUAAAGGGUUGCCUACCCUUACAGAGGAAAUGGAUAAAAACAGGAGUGAUGGACGUAUCCCGAACGGACACUCGGUUGCUUUGACGAUGAUUGCGCUACUUUGUGUGAUUGGAACCGCAUUAUCGCUGGCUUGGGUUAAAUUGCUAACGACGUACGCGUCCUCCAUGAUCACAAUCGCUCUUUGGCUGAACGUUGGCAUGGUGCUGGCUUUUGCUGUGUCCACAUUUUCCGUCAAUGUUUGGGCAGCACUCUUCCUUGCAGGCUUGGCCGCGCUAAAUGUGUGCUAUAUUUAUGCGGUGCAAAAUCGAAUCGGCUUUGCUUCAGCAAAUUUAAAGGCGGCCUGUGCGGGAUUGAAAGAACAUUCCGCGAUUUUUGCUGUAGCUUUUGUGCUCGUGUUGCAGCAAUUGGCGUGGAUGUUCCUGUGGUAUGUCGCUAGCUUAGGCAUGCACCAGUUAUUUUUGGAAGCUGAUCCCAAUUGCGACCGAGAGAUUGAUCUUGCUAGUCGUGGACGGAAUCGCGGAGGUCUUUGUGUUGAGUUCCCAGCCUAUGCUGCUAUAUUUUACAUGCUGGUGGGAUUAUACUGGGGACAGCAAGUGUUGCAGAAUAUACUUACGUGCACAACUGCAGGAGUGAUUGCGACGUGGUGGUACCAGCCCAAUGCUCAAAAAGCGACGGUUGGAGCGCUCUACCGUUCGAUCACAACGAGUUUCGGAUCUAUUUGCUUCGGAUCCUUGAUUGUGGCUGUUCUUCAGGCUUUGAGGACCAUGGCAGACGCGGCGAAGCGUCGAGCCCGUGAAGAGCGUAGUGGAGGAUUGGCAUGUCUUGCCUGCAUGGCCGAAUGUGUCCUCAGUUUUCUAGCAGGUGUGAUGGAGUAUGUAAAUCAAUGGGCGUAUGUCUACGUCGGUGUGUACGGGUACCCUUUUCGCAAAAGUGGCAAGGCAGUGAUGGAUUUGUUUACUAAUCGCGGAUGGACAGCAGUAAUCAACGACGAUUUGACGUCAAGUGCACUUACUUUUGGGGCGAUGGGUGUCGGAAUCGUCACGUGCUGUGUUGGAAUGCUGAUGGUACGCUACUCGCCCAUGGAAUGGUUUAGUGCUCUCGGCUCUCGAACAAGUGCUUACAGCUCGAUGGCUCUGAUUGGCUUUGUGGUCGGUCUCAGCGUGGCUUUGAUUUUGGCCCACGUGAUUAUCGCGGCUCUUCAUACCAUUUUUGUUUGCUUUGCCGAGGAUCCUGUCGCGUUUAAUCGUAAUCACCCAAAGCACUACGAUGAGCUGGUGGCUGGCUGGCGCCAGUUUCAUGGAGAUGCGUUAUUGUCAGCUUACGGUGGCUCCGUUUAA